CGCCGAGCUUUUGCACCCCAGCUGGUUCCGGCUGGGGAAAAUGGCGGUGACUGGGGCGUUGUCCCAGGAGCAGCUGGUGGGCUGGUGCACCCAGCAGUUGCGGAAGACUUUCGGCCUGGAUGUCAGUGAGGAGAUCAUACAGUAUGUUUUGUCAAUUGAGAGUGCUGAAGAGUUACGAGAAUAUGUUACUGACCUUCUUCAGGGAAAUGAGGGCAGAAAAGGUCAAUUCAUAGAAGAGCUUGUAACUAAAUGGCAAAAGAAUGAUCAGGAGCUGAUUUCUGAUGCUCUGCAGCAGUCCUUCAAAAAAGAUGAAAUUUUAGAUGGGCAGAGGUCAGGAGACCAGCUAAAGAGGAGUAGGCGGAAAGGGAGAAACAGACAGGAAGUUCCUGCAUUUACUGAACCUGAUACAACCAUAGAGGUCAAAACACCUUUUGAUUUGGCCAAGGCACAAGAGAACAGCAGCUCCUUAAAGAAGAAGACGAAGUUUGUCAGUUUAUAUACAAAAGAGGGACAGGACAAGCUUGCAGUCCUGAUCCCUGGUCGCCACACUUGUGAUUGCCUGGGCCAGAAGCACAAGCUGAUCAAUAACUGUCUGAUCUGUGGGCGUAUUGUCUGUGAACAAGAGGGUUCCGGCCCCUGCUUAUUCUGUGGUACUCUGGUAUGUACUCGUGAAGAACAGGAUAUUUUACAGCGUGACUCAAACAAGAGCCAGAAACUGCUGAAGAAGCUCAUGUCAGGGACAGAGAAUUCUGGAAAAGUGGACAUCUCUACCAAGGACCUUCUUCGUCAUCAAGAAUUGCGAUUUAAAUCUGGUCUGGAGAAAGCUAUCAAGCAUAAAGACAAACUGUUAGAGUUUGACAGAACUAGCAUUCGAAGGACCCAAGUCAUUGAUGAUGAGUCAGAUUACUUUGCCAGUGAUUCUAACCAGUGGUUGUCCAAAAUUGAACGGGAAGCCCUACAGAAGCGAGAGGAGGAGCUGAGAGAAUUUCGACAUGCCUCUCGGCUCUCGAAGAAGGUCACCAUUGACUUUGCAGGCAGGAAGAUCAUGGAAGAUGAAAAUCCUCUAACUGAGUAUCACAGCAAACUAGAUGAGGCAAUACAUGCCAUUGCCAAUGGAACCUUGAACCAACCACCGAACAAAUUGGAUAGAUCUUCUGAAGAGCCUUUAGGACUUCUGGUGAAUCCCAACCUGUACCAGUCGCCUCCCCAGUGGAUAGAUCAGACGGGUGCAGCCUCACAGAAGAAGGCUUUCCAUUCAGCAGGAUCAGGACUAGAGUUCAGUUCAUGUCGGCAUCAGUUUCGAAUCCAGGACCAAGAAUUUCAGGAAGGCUUUGAUGGUGGCUGGUGCCUCUCUAUGCAUCAGCCUUGGGCUUCUCUGCUUGUCAGAGGGAUUAAAAGGGUGGAGGGCAGAAGCUGGUACACCCCACAUAGAGGACGACUUUGGAUAGCAGCCACAGCCAAAAGACCCUCUCCUCAAGAAGUUUCAGAACUCCAGACUACAUAUCUUCUCCUUCGUGGGAAAGAAGUGGAAUUUCCCAAUGACUAUCCAUCAGGUUGUCUUCUGGGCUGUGUGGACCUAACUGACUGCUUGUCCCAGAAGCAAUUUAAGAAUCAGUAUCCAGACAUGAGUCAAGAAUCUGAUUCUCCAUUUGUUUUCAUCUGCACAAAUCCCCAGGAAAUGAUUGUGAAGUUUCCUAUUAAAGGAAGUCCAAAAAUCUGGAAACUGGAUUCCAAGAUCCAUCAAGGAGCAAAGAAGGGGUUAAUGAAGCAGAAUAAAGCUGUCUGACCCAGGAAAAAAGGAACUAUACAGCAUAGUGGAGUUUUGUGUACUAAAAUUGCUAUCCACUGGUCCUUUGGAAUUGAAGCAGUAGACAUCUAAAGGCUUGGCAUCAGGCUUGAACCUCUCAGAAUUUAAACUCAUCAAAAUCUGUAUAUUUUUCUUAAAGAGUGGGAUUCUUACUUUAUGUAGUGGGUCAAAAAUCUUUGGAUACAUUAUUUAUAAAGACUUAUUUUAAAAAUUCUAGAUCUUUGACAUUUUUCUCAGAAUGAUACAGAAGAAAAAGGAACAAGUUGGAAAUUAUUUUCCUCUCUGAGGCUUGGAUUUGUUUUAGUUAGGAAAAUUCUUAACCUAGGUUAACAGUAUUUUAAGGGACCACUUGAAUUUUAAAGUUUUUUUUUUUUUCCAAUGAUAACCUGGUAGAGUAUUAGGAUGUUUGAGGAAUUGUGUUUAAUAGAAACGUGUGAUUGGACAGAGAGGUUUUUAAUCAACUUUGCUGCUCUAGUCCAACAUCUCUUCAAGUGAAUAGUAUUCAGCUGAGUAACCUUCGCUGGCCGAUUUUGGUGGGGGGUGGGGUGGGGGGAUAACCUGAAGAGGUGCUGCCACUUUGUUCUUUGGUUUGAGACAUUAGGACAUAAGAGGAUCAGACUGGGAUGAGAUAGAGCCACCUGCUAAAACAGCAUGAAACCGCCCUGUUUAUUUUGUUGGUAUUGGAAAAGUAUCACUUGGAUGGAGAAUUAGAAACAAACAAAAAUAAAAUCCUUUCAGUAAAUGCAUCAAAAUAUCCCAAAAUGCUGAAACCAAACCCUUUAAGCCAUCCAUACCCCAAGAAGCUAUGAGCUUUGGAAAAAUAGGAGGUUGGUUUGAAAUGAGAUUUUUACUAGUCAUUCUGGUCCCACUUAGUGAAGCACUUUUUUUCUGAGGCUGUUCAGAAGAGCUGUCAGAAUCUCAUUUGCUGGCAUCCUCAGGAAAUUCACGGUCUUAAAUGUGUAUGUUCUGCUUUUUAUAAAGCAGCACUACCACACUGGGGAAGUUGGAUUCCCUCCAGCAGUUGUGUGCAUGACUUAAAAAAGAGAGCGCAAGGGAGAGAAAAAAGUGCCCUGUGUUAUGAAAAAGAUUAAUUUCCCCUUUCUUUAAUCCUUCAUAUUCAGCAUUUAUUUGCAUUGAAAUGCCUCCACUCAUUAUGCAUUGAUGCUCACUCAACUGUGAACCCUGCUUGUUGCAGAGCUCUGGGCAUUGGUUUUGUGGGGGCCUGAUCACUCUGGAUUCCCAGGCAAAACCCACCCAAUUCUUGUUCUAGUGAUGAAGGCAUGUUGUAUUCUUUUUUUUUUUUU